CGAUCUCUCUUCCUUUCUCAUCUCGGUCUCGUCAACGACGACUUUUUGGCUCCUCGCCCACCCGGCAUCCUCCCGCUCUGGCCCACGCUUGCAGACGCUUGCACGCCCGCACGCCCGCACGCCCGUACGCCAGCACGAUGCGCAUCUCUCCCACCCAGUUCGAGGGGCUUGACAAGUACAAGUACUCGAGUGUGGAUAAGAGUAUCCUCUCUCGCCGGGUGCUCACGCCAUGGUGGAACUGGCUCAUCACUCUGUUCCCAUAUACCCUCGCCCCUAAUGCCAUUACCUUCCUCGGCCUCUGCUUCGUGUUCUUCAACGUGCUUACGCUGGCGUACUACGACAUCGAGUAUGAGGGCAAGGACCUGCCGUGGUGGGUGUACGCGUCGUGGGCGUUUGGCCUCUUUGCAUACCAGAGCAUGGACGCCAUCGACGGCAAGCAGGCGCGCCGCCUCGGCAUGGGCAGCGCUCUCGGUGAGAUGUUUGACCACGGCUGCGACGCGAUCAACACGUCGCUCGAGGUUGUGCUUGCAUGCCACGCCUUGGGCCUGAACCGCUCGUGGUGGACCGUCGCGAGCGAGGUCGCCUCGUUGCUCAAUUUCUACGCCUCGACAUGGGAGGAGUACCACACCGGGACCCUCUACCUGUCGGCGUUUUCCGGCCCGGUUGAGGGCAUCGUCAUGAUCAUCGUUAUCUACAUCAUUACGGCCGUGCAUCCGCUCCACCAGCACUUCUGGCAGCAGCCGCUCGUGUCGCUUCUUCCUGCGCAUAUCGGCGACAACGCCGCCGCGGCAAUUGACUCCGCUCUUGGCCUGCCAGAGAAGUACACGCUCGCGACGCUGCCCAUCAACGUUGCGUUCAUGAUCUUUGGAGCUAUCGGUACCGGAGCCAACAUGCUCAACGCGUACUACAACGUGAUCGCUGCGCGCCACAAGGCCGGCAAGCCUAUUGUCACUCCUCUCUUCGGCCUCCUCCCUUUCGGCGCGCACACGCUCAUCCUGUGCGCGUGGCUGCACGCCGAGCGCUUCGACGGCGUCUCCAUUGUCCACGACGCCCGCCUCCUCCCCUUCCUCGGCUACUGGGGCAUGGCAGCCGCGUACCAGGUCUCGCAGCUCAUUCUUGCUCACGUCACCAAAUCGCCCUUCCCCUUCUGGAACGGCAUGAUGGUGUACUCGCUCGCCGCUGCGAUCGAUGCCAACGCCCAAUGGCUUUUCGGAGUCGAGCCGCUCGUGCAGUCGUCGCCGACCGCGUCCAACGUCUUCAUCUGGAUGUCCUUCUUCGUCGCGCUGUUCAACUACAUCCGCUUCGCACGCGAGAUCAUUUGGCAGAUCUGCGACUACACCGGUAUUGCAUGUUUCACCGUGCGCCGCCGCGACAAGACCGGGCGCUGGAUCGAGGCCGCCGAGAUGGUCCGAGAGAUCGAGGAGCUGCGCAAGACGCAGUAGGCUCCCAUGCGCUGCUCUCGAGAGCUUGCCACCAGCACCGGGCGAGCUUACUCUCGGGAGAAUUGGACGUCCAAACCUAAAUCGAACGUCUUCCCGCCUGCCGGAUAUCACUCCAUGUCUGUUCGUGCUGCGGUUAUACCCGCAGACACUCUGCUAUGCAUCAUGGUGCCUCUGUGGGAUGCAGG